AUGAUAUCAACUUCAAGUUGUUGUACAUCUGACUAUUAUUCAAGUAGUGAUAUUGAAUAUGAUUAUGAUGAUGUAGUCAAAGCUGCUCCACAACAUCUUUCUUCAAUAAAAGAAACAAAUAUUAUUCUUCAAACACUUCUUCAAUAUCAUCAUUCACCAUCUUAUAUUUCUUCUUCUAUUAAGUUUCAACAAUCAAUAAGAUUAUUUAAGUUAGUCCAAGAGAAUCAUUUAUCUAAUGAAAUCUUCAUUCGAGCUAAUGCUAUUCUUCACAAACUUCUUCAUUCAAUUUGUACAAAUGAAAUAAAUGAAUCAAUACUUAUAGCUUGUUUGUCUUUGGCAACAAAACUAAAUGAACAUUCUACUUAUUCGAAUAUAACACUUUUCAAUAGUAAUUUACUAAUAGCGAAUGAAAACUUGAUAUGUAAUACACUUGAUUGGGAUAUUGAUAUAAUAACUCCAAUCAACUAUGUUGAAGCAAUUCUAUUACAUGUGUCGGAUUAUUUAAUAAAAGAUCGUCUUCGACCAUUGACUUAUGAAUUAAUUGUAUUAUGCUUAACUGAUAUUCGUUGUAUGGAUUUAUCUGUUUUAUCAAUGGCGAUAGGUUGUUUAUUGAUGGCAUAUGAAAUGAUAAAUUGUUGUGAAUUAAUCCCAAAACAAGUUUUUGAAUAUGAACAAGAGAACAACAAGAUUUUAUUUCAGACAUCGUUAAUCUACAUUCGUCAAGUUCUUAUGGAAUAUUCUUCAUUGAUAAUUAAUUAUAAUUAUUAUUGUACAGAAUAUUUAACUAAAAGAAUUAACAACAACAUUUCAUAG